AUGACAUCGAUAAUCCGGACCAGCGUAUCAGCCAGGACGUGGAGCGGUUCUGCCGGCAGCUCAGCAGCAUGACCAGCAAGCUCAUCACCUCCCCCUUUACUCUGGCCUACUACACUUACCAGUGCUUCCGAAGGCUGGCUUGGGCCUGUGAGCAUCUUCGGAUAUUUCAUCCUGGGGACCAUGGUGAACAAAACAUUGAUGGGGCCCAUCGUGACGAAGCUGGUACAGCAGGAGAAGCUGGAGGGGGAUUUUAGGUUCAAACAUAUGCAGCUUCGAGUGAACGCUGAGCCUGCCGCUUUCUACCGAGCUGGGCUUGUAGAGCACAUGAGGACAGACCGCAGGCUGCAGAGACUCCUUCAGACCCAGAGAGACCUGAUGUCCAGGGAGCUCUGGCUGUACAUUGGCAUCAACACCUUUGACUAUCUGGGCAGCAUUCUCAGUUACAUAGUCAUUGCGAUCCCCAUUUUCAGUGGCCUCUAUGGAGACCUGAGUUCCACGGAGCUUAGCACCCUGGUCAGCAAGAAUGCCUUUGUGUGCAUCUACCUCAUCAGUUGCUUCACCAAGCUCAUUGACCUGUCCACCACAGUCUCAGAUGUUGCUGGGUACACACACAGGAUUGGAGAGCUUCAGGAGGCCCUGCUGGACAUGUCCCGAAAAUCACAGGACUGUGAGACCCCAGGCGAGAGUGAGUGGGAUUUGAACAAGGAAAAGGCCCCGGGGCGGCCGACAGCAGAGCCAUCAGAUACGGCUUUUCUGCUUGACCGGGUUUCCAUCUUGGCCCCCUCCUCUGACAAGCCCCUGGUCAAGGACCUGAGCUUGAAGAUCUGUGAGGGCCAGAGCCUGCUCAUCACGGGCAACACGGGCACCGGCAAGACCUCCCUGCUCCGGGUGCUGGGAGGCCUGUGGGAGAGCGUGAAGGGCUCAGUGCAGAUGCUGGCUGAUUUUGGGCCCCACGGGGUGCUGUUCCUGCCACAGAAGCCGUUCUUCACUGAUGGGACACUUCGGGAGCAGGUGAUCUAUCCCCUGAAGGAGAUCUACCCUGACUCAGGUUCUGCUGAUGAUGAGAGAAUCAUGAGGUUCUUGGAGUUGGCAGGUCUGUCCAGCUUGGUGGCCAGGACAGGAGGUCUGGACCAGCAGGUGGAUUGGAACUGGUAUGAUGUCCUGUCCCCAGGGGAGAUGCAAAGACUGUCCUUUGCCCGACUCUUCUACCUGCAGCCAAAGUACGCAGUGCUUGAUGAAGCCACCAGUGCCCUGACCGAAGAAGUAGAGGGUGAGCUCUAUCGAAUUGGCCAGCAACUGGGGAUGACAUUUAUCAGCGUGGGACAUCGGGCCAGCCUUGAGAAGUUUCACUCCUGGGUUCUGAAACUCUGUGGAGGAGGAAGGUGGGAACUGACCAGAAUCAAAGUGGAAUGAAGCCAAGCCUGUGGGUACGCC